UAAGUGGAUUUUCCAAGAUAUGGAUCAAUGAUCAUCUCAACUCAACGCUAAUCUUCCGUUGCAUUGUUUUGUAUUAUACCCAAAGUUACAAAAUGAAAUUGAUACAAAUUGAUUGAAAUAAAUGGAUAACUUAACAGAAAUUCUUGAAACAAUAAAAAAUUCGUUUAAUCGAGAUCAAAGUUCGACAGAAUCUCAUAUUGCUAAUUUGAGAGUUGCAAUUGAUAGUUUAAAGGAUAACGAAGUAAUCGGCCUUUUGGACAAGAUUAGUGUGAUUUUACCGCAGAUCAAAUCGUGCCUUAAUAGUUCUGAUGUAAAUUUGACAGCAAGUCUCCUUGAGCUGAUAGCUGAAAUUUGUAAACAUGAGGAAUGCCGUGAUAUGCUUGUGGAAGAAGAGUUGAUACGAAUGAUUCUCAAAUGUUUCAAUUCAAAGGCCCCUGAAAUUGUUCUUCACACAUUUCGAUGUCUUGGAAAUUUGGCUUGUGAUAAUAACCAUGCCAGGGAAGUGAUAUUGAAUGUUGGAGGAGUAGACAUAAUCUUAAAUAAAAUAAAGGAGCUACAGAAUGAGGGACCAGAGACAAAUGUGAGGCAAAAUGUUACUGCAUGUGGUGCUGUACUCAACAUAUCUUUUGAAAAUGAUAUGUUGCAGAAAGAACUAAUAAGAAAUGGUUUUGUUCCAUUACUGCUUGGAUAUGUUGAACACAAUGAGACAAAUGAAAAUCUUGCAUUAAUGGCAACAAAUGCGAUUGCAAGUUUGCUUGAUCAAGAAGAAGGAGUUAGUAGUUUUAAUGAAAACAAAGGAUGUGAAAUAUUUAUAAAAGCUUUACGACAUUCAAAAGAUGAAUUAACUACAUCACUUGCUGAAUGCCUAAAGAUGAUUGCAGAAGAAGAUACGAAACAUGUCUUGCUAUCAGGAAACUGUUUCGAGGUCUUGCAAGAAAUUGUUUUAACUAACAUGACUAGUGAGAAUACAGGCAAUCUUUUGGAAAAGUUGAAAGUUAGCGUGAACUUAAUCAUACUUCUCCUUGGUGAUGAUGACUGUUUAGCUCAAGUAUUUGCUGGUGAAAAAAAUACAUUUGUUGAAAAAAUUCUUCGUUGGACUAAAUCCAGUUAUUCAUAUGUUCGUAACUCUUGCCCUGUUGCUAUUGGAAACAUUGCUCGCACAGAUGAGAACUGCAUUCAACUGGUGAAAAUGGGAGUGCAUGAAAAACUGAUAAACUUGCUUAGUAGCCACCGUGAAGAUGAUGCUGAUAAAACUGAAUUACAAACGUCUGUAUUAAGUGCAUUGAAGAAUUUUGCUAUACCAGCAAGUAAUAAACAAGUUUUGAUCAAUGCCGGUAUAUUGAAUUUUACUAUGGAAAUCCUGUGUUCAUCAGACAAUUCAUCUUCAGUAAUGUAUAGAGCCAUUGCUGUUAUACGCCUACUAGUACAGGGAGUGGAUGCAGCAGUUGAUAUUGUAUGUUCAAGUCAAGACUGUUUGAAGAAUGUGGUGUCAAUAGCAAAAACUUCGGGCAUUGAAGGACUGAAAUCUGAAGCAUCACGAUUGCUAGCAACAUUGCUAAAAAAUACUCGAAAAUUAGAAUCAGUUCAAGCAAUUCUAGUUAAUGAUGGUAUGUCACCCAUCAUUGCCAUGGUAACAUCACAACAUGCUUUAAUGCAGAAUGAAGCUUUGAUGGGUGUUGCCUUGGCUCUCAGUAUCAUAAAUGAAGAACAUUUGCAGUAUGUGGAUGAAAGCAAUAUGCUAGAAAGUAUUUCUCAUGUACUAAACAAUGAAACGAACAACCAGCAAACAUUGUAUAAUUCAAUGGCAGUCAUUGAAGCAUUGUUUAUAAAAGGUCUGGUUGAGAAAAGCAAGCUAGAAGAUAGCGGAAUCCUCCACAAACUAGAAACAUUUUCAAAAAAUUCUCACAAUGCAACUAAACAACGCGCUGCAAGUAUUUUAGAAAAAAUCAAAACUUGACUAUUGAUGUUCAUUGGUUAGAAAACACCAUACAUGCGAUGUUAUUGUUCAAUUAAAAAAGAACUUUUUGAAUUGCAUCACAACAAUACUUGUAAAUCUGACCAUUUAAAAACUCAGUCUUUCCUUGA